CGUUUCACUCUAAAUAAUAUACACAUAACAUACAUAAACGUUCUUUCAAACUCCAUCUACUGAGUAAUGCAUUAAAGUUAAAGUAUUUUUUGACGUUGGGCGUCUUUACAUUUUUUUAAGUGACUUAUAUUUCUUAUUUAAUUUUUAAUAAUGUCAGUUGAAACAGAAAAACAAAAUGGCGAAGAAAAAUUUCGUACACUAAAAUUAGCCGGCCAUGUCGGUUUUGACAGCCUUCCAGACCAACUUGUUAAUAAAAGUGUCCAAAGUGGAUUUGUUUUCAACAUUUUAUGUAUCGGUGAAACCGGUCUUGGAAAAUCUACGUUGAUGGAUUCAUUGUUCAAUACAAGUUUUGAAUCUUCGCCAAGUCCACAUACAUUACCUACUGUAAAGCUUAAAGCUCACACUUAUGAAUUACAAGAAAGCAAUGUUCGAUUAAAAUUGACCAUUUGCGAUACAGUAGGAUAUGGUGAUCAAAUUAACAAAGAAGAUAGUUUCAAAGCAAUUGUGGACUAUAUCGAUGCACAAUUUGAAGCAUAUUUACAAGAAGAGUUAAAAAUCAAACGGUCAUUAUCAACGUAUCAUGAUAGCCGUACACACGUUUGUUUAUACUUCAUCUGUCCAACAGGACAUGGCCUAAAAUCCAUUGAUUUAGUUUGUAUGAAAAAAUUAGAUACAAAAGUGAAUAUCAUACCAAUUAUUGCAAAAGCUGAUACCAUUUCAAAAACAGAAUUAUUAAAGUUUAAGUCAAAAAUAAUGGCUGAAAUAAUUAAUAAUGGCGUUCAGAUUUACCAAUUUCCUUUGGAUGAUGAAUCAGUAUCAGAAAUUAACACCCAAAUGAAUAGUCACAUGCCUUUUGCUGUAGUCGGCAGCACAGAUUUCGUUCGUGUGGGUAAUAAAAUGAUGCGAUCACGGCAAUACCCUUGGGGAACUGUUCAAGUUGAAAAUGAAGCACAUUGCGAUUUUGUUAAACUUCGUGAAAUGUUAAUUCGCACAAACAUGGAAGAUAUGCGCGAAAAAACACAUUCGAAACACUAUGAAUUGUAUCGUAAACGACGAUUAGAACAAAUGGGAUUUAGUGAUGUGGAUGCUGAUAAUAAACCCGUUAGUUUUCAGCAGUCUUUUGAAGCUAAACGCUCAAAUCAUGUUCAUGAGUUACAACAACGAGAAGAUGAAAUGCGACAAAUGUUCGUUGUUCGAGUUAAAGAAAAGGAAGCUGAAUUAAAAGAAACCGAAAAAGAAUUACAUGCAAAAUUCGAUAAAUUGAAAAAAGAUCAUACCGAAGAGAAGAAGAAAUUGGAGGAAAGUAGGAAAAAAUUAGAGGAUGAAAUAAUGGAAUUUAAUAGACGGAAAUUUCAAUAUCAACAGUUGGGAAGUCAUCACACACUUACUUUAAAAGGAAAAAAGAAAUAAAAAUGAUAAACGCAAUUUAAAUAUUGUG